AUGACGCCUACCCCUCCGUCCACGACGUCCUCAAGUGCCGGCGCAUUCUCGCCGGAAGGCCACUUCAGGGUCAUCCGAAAACGAAAUCGCGUUCCUCUCUCCUGUGGCCCAUGCAGGCAUAGAAAGCUAAAAUGCAACCGUGCCCACCCAUGUGAGAACUGCGUCAAACGAGGCGAUGCGUCCUCUUGUUCAUAUGCCCAGGCCAGCACGCGCAAAAAGAACUCCCCGCAGCAAGCGGCGGCGAGCUCUCCGGAUGACAUGCAGAAUCGGAUCGACCGUUUGGAAAGUUUGGUUCUGUCACUGAUGACCAACGGAUCGCAGUCCGCAGGCCCUGCCGCCGCCAUGGCCGCAAUCUCAGGCAAUAGCAGCAGUAUUAGCUCGGCCCAACCGACGACAGAUCUGGACAUUGACGAGGAUGCGCAUGGAGGACCCGAAGAAAGUGAUACUGAGCAAGUGACGAAAUCAUUUGGUAUCAUGAAGGUUGACAAUAACAACAAAUCAUACUAUGUCAGCGAGGCUCAUUGGGCGGCCGUGCUCAGCGAUAUCGCCGAAGUUCGUAAUUACUUCACCACGCACAAAAAGCAAUACGAGGAGCAAGUGGAAAAGCUCAAGACCACGAUGCCCCCAACCGACGUGUCAGGCUCGGCCCUUCUUUUUGGCACUAAUAAGGCAGCCAGUCGUGAAGAAAUCAUGUCGUCGUUCCCCUCAAAAUACACUACCGACAUCUUAAUCGCUCGUUAUUUCAGUUGCUAUGAUCCCGCGACGCACAUCCUUCAUGGCCCCACAUUUCAAUCUCAGUAUAACAAGCACUGGGAGGACCCGUCUGAGACCUGUAUUGUCUGGAUUGGCAUGCUCUUUGCUAUGAUGCGGCUUGCUAUGCUGUCGUAUCAUCGGGAAGGGGAUGAGCCUCCAGAGUUCAGGGGUAAAUCUCUGGAUAUGGCCGGAACGUUUCGAAAUCUGAUGGCACAGUGUCUCACGUUGGCCGAUUAUACUAAGCCUUAUCCUUAUUUGAUCGAGUCACUAAUAUUUCACCUUCAUGGAGACUAUUGCCAGUCGAAGGAAGCGGAUGUAUCGGUUUGGGUGCUUGUGGGUGUGAUCACGAGGUUGGCCAUGCGGAUGGGAUAUCAUCGGGACUCCAAAAUGUUCCCCAACAUCACCCCUUUUCAAGGAGAAAUGCGGCGACGCGUCUGGGCUUUCGUGCGUCAAGCCGAUCUCUUAUUCUCCUUCCAGGUCGGUCUACCCAGCAUGAUCCGUCCCUUGGACAGCGAUACCGAACUUCCUCGCAACUUGUACGACGACGAUUUUGACGAGGAGUGCAAAGAGCUCCCCCAAUCGCGUCCACCAAAUGAACCUACUCCGAUCUCGUUUCUUAUCGCCAAAGCUCGCCUGGCUUUGGUUUUCGGCCGCGUUGUCGAACAGUCUGCGCCGCUCCAAACACACUCCUAUGAUAAGGUCAUGGAGGUGGAUGCAGAACUUCGUCGAGCCAGAGAUCUAGUUCCCGAGCAUCUUCUUGUUCGUCCCAUUGAGGAGUCACAACUAGACCCCUUGAAUAUUGUCAUGUCGCGAUACACGGUUAUGAGUGUGUACCACAAAGCGCAGAUUGUUCUUCAUCGGCGCUACCUUGUUCGAGCACGCGAAAACCCUAGAUUCACGUACUCCCGAAGGUCCUGUAUUGACUCUGCAAUGGAGCUCCUGCGGUUCCAGUCGAUGCUUUAUGUUGAGGCCGGCCCUACUGGCCGUCUGCAGAGCAGGCAGAACCGCGUCACUGCUCUCUGCUCCACAGACUUCCUACUUGCUGCUACCAUCGUUUCCCUUGACCUCUACCAUGGACAUCAGCUGCAAACGGGAGGCCGAGCUUCGGGUGAUACCUACGCAUGGGGCAGAGAACGCCGUGAUGAAAUGUUGGCCGCUUUGCAGCGCUGUAAGGAGAUUUGGGACGGGCUAAGUGACGAGGCAAUGGAGGCCUGGAAGGCUUCGGGCGCACUCGGAGUGAUGCUUUCUCGGUUAAACCUGGGACACUCCGAUGCCAAUGCGGCGGCCCCAGCAUUCGAACCGCAGGAUGAGAAACAAAACGCCGCAAUGACCCUGGGGCUUCUCAGUAGUGGAAUGAGCCCUAUGAAUCCGGGACCGCCCCCUUUCAGCGAUGGUGGACUAAAGAUGGAAACAUCAAUGCCAACGCCAGGAGGAUUUGGAACGACGGCUACCGAUCUCACCGGCGCCCCUUCGCCAUUCAGUUCCAUGUUUGGGCAGAUGCCUGACAUGCAACUCAACCUGGACUGGAAUGCUUGGGACACUUAUAUUCAAAGUUCGACGAUAGAUCUCUCGAAUCAAUGGUGGCCAUCCAUGGACAUGCAGCAACAACCACCCCCGCAAACACAGCAACAAAUCCCGAACCCGCUAUCUCCAACCCAGUUACCAACGCCACAAAAUCCUUCGCCGGACAGGUCUCGAACGCUGCCAUCCUUCCCUAAUAUAUUUUCGCCGGGGAAUACGGGGUUCGAUAAUAACAACCCAAAUCCAACCGGCGUGCAUUGUUUCCGCAGGGCCGCAAGUCGGCUGAUUACCUCGACGGCCUCCGCACCGGCGCGUUCGUCGUGGAUGAUUGCGUCUCACUCAUCUCGUACGACUUUGCUCCCUCGGUUGCCGCAGCCGCUCUCUCAGUAUCGAUGGAACAGCAACGAGGCGUCGACCCCCAAACAGGACGCCGCGGAGGAACAGAACAUCAGCAAUGAACAGUUGAUCGAAGCGGCCGCCCAGCAUGUCGAACAAGGAGCCACGAGGACGGAUGAUAUCGCCGCCGAGGUAGCGGCAGCAUUUUCUCAGGAGCAGAACUCCCAUGCGCAGAAACCCCGACAUGCUCAGGAACCCGGAUAUGCUACCCAAUCGCUCCAAGCAGAGGGCAAGCGCCGGAGACGACAAAUAGUUUUGGCGCAAGCGCCUGAGCCGAAAGAAACUAUCUUUAUCGGCAAUAUAUUUUACGAUGUGACGGCGGAGGAUCUGCGGAAGCAGAUGGAGAAGUAUGGCAUCGUGGAGCGACUCCAUAUUGUUUUUGAUAACCGGGGAAUCAGUCGCGGAUUCGGUUAUGUUCAGUUCGAUACCAUCGACGCGGCCAGGCGCGCCAUCGAGGCCAUGGAUGGGCGUAUCUUUGAGGGGCGUUAUUGCCGCGUGCAGUUUGCGAAUAAUAACAUUGACCGCCAAAAAGCGCUGAAGCCUGCAUCGCGGUGUCUGUACAUUGGCAACCUGGCGUACGAGAUGACCGAUCGGGAUCUGAACGAGGUCUUCAAGGAUAUUACCAAUGUGAUCGAUGUCCGCGUGUCUGUUGAUCGUCGUACCGGCCAACCUCGAGGAUUCGCUCAUGCCGACUUUACCAAUGUCGAGAGUGCCCGCCAGGCAAUGGAGAUCCUCAGCAAAAAGGCGCCGUACGGAAGAAAGCUUAUAAUCGACUUCAGCCAUUACACCAAAAAAGGACCUUCUAAGGAUAAGCAGCCUCAAAAUAAGCAGCCUCAGGAGGAAUGA